AUGUAAAAUAGAUAAAAAAUAAAAUAAAGAAACAAAUUAUAAAAUAAAAAGAAACUAUUAAAAUUAAUGGAAGAAAAAGGUUAUAAAUUACCUAAGAACAAAGCUCUCUAUAUUUUAGCUAAGAGAGAGAAAAUUUAAGAGAAAUCUUUUUUGGAAAAAGCUAGUGACUUCUUGUUCACUUUUGGAAAUGAAGCUUUUAAAGAAUAUUAUUUUUUUAUCUAAGAGUAAUAAAAUGGUUCUUUAUUGGUAUUUCAAAAAAUACUUAUAAAUGAAUAUAACGCUAAUUCUUUUAGAAAUAUUUAAGAAUUUGAUGAUACAGAAUAUAUCAAGAAAUAAAUUCAUCUGUUUAGUUUCAUCAAAAAAAUAAUUGAGUCUUUAUCUUAAGGUAUAUCUAUCUCUAAUGACUAAAUAGAUUAAUUUCUAAAAUUGAUUGGAGAUGAUGAUCACAGUGAAGGAGUUUUAAAUAAUUUAAAUCUAAUUGGAAAUAUUGCAAAAGCUGCUGCGAUAAGUGGAGUUAGUGGUUUUAAAUAGAUUAUUUCAUACACUUCUUUAGAAACUUUUAAAAUUGUAAAUAAUGCUCUUGCCAAAGAGGGUAUAAAAGGAUUUAUGAGUAUUGGAGGCAAAACCUUUCUUUAAGAAGGAGCAAAAGCUGCCGUUGCUUAGGCUGGAAAAGAAUUAACUAAAGGGACUGUGACUCAAGUUACUUAAAAUACAGUAACAAUUGGCAAAUAAGUUGUCAAAACUGGAUUUUCUGUUUCUUAAUUAUUAAAAGGUCUUGGAAUUGGAAUAGCUGUAAAUGUAGCAGUAGGUGGUAUAAAAUCAGUUAUUAAAACAAAAUGGUUAAAUGAAUUUGAAUUUAUUUGUGAAUGUGAUAGCGAAUUUAAUUUUGAGAUCAUUAAAGAUUUUUCAAAAUUUAAGUAAAAAUUUAUCGAUGAUUCAAAAAAUAUAGAAGAACUCUAUAAAGAAAUAAUUAAAUUUUAUGAAAUUCCUCAAUCUAAAAGAUAUUCAACAAAUGACAAUAUAAAAACCCCACAAGAUUAAGAAUACAAAGAGUAAUAGCAAUAAAACUAAAAUUACAACUUAACUCCUUAAGAGGAUCACCUAAACAGCGAAUAAAGAGAAAACACCCCAAAAACAUGA